AUGGAGGAGUAUACUGAUUUAAUUGGCAAAAUAGGCAUAUUAAACUUAAACUCUUAUUGUUUCAAUGAAAUAUUUCGCCAAAUUAAAAGCAACUGCGACUUAGAAUGCAGUAAAGAUGAUCUGUUAAGAUACAAUGAUCUCAUAAGCUUUGUGAUUAGCAGUGAAGAAGUCACCAAAGCUUUCAGGGACUGGAGUCCUGAUCUGUAUAACAAACUCUGCUUAGAAAAUACAUUUUUGAAUAGAUCACCAUGGAUAGUGAUAGAUUUUUCCAACAUUUAUCAACAUAUGAAUGGCUUAUCAGUUAACGAAAGAAAGCUAUUCUGGAGUAAUUACCUAAAUCAAAUCACUGAAAACGAGAAUUUGAAGUCGGUAAAGUUGGUCUAUGAACCCGCAGAACAUUACCGCGAACAUAUGGAUAGGUUUGAGGAGCUCACAAACUGCCUCAAAAAUAAGUACAAAUUGCGAGAGCUUUUUCUUAAAAUGAAAGGAUACACCCUGGAGAGUGUUCCCCAGAUCAGACAUCUGGAAACUCUUUACUUAGACGUUGGAAUGAGGACCAACAUCCUGGUUCAGUUUUGCCAAUUAAAUCCAAAUCUACGCAAGCUCAUUCUGAGUAAUAACGAAUUAUAUGGAAGAUUGACGGAUAUAGUGCCAUAUUGCAAUCAACUGGAGCAUCUAAGUUUUCUAAUGAAACAUGAAGUAGAUGCCACGGAAUAUGCAGCUCUCGCCAAACUGCCAAGGCUCAAUGAAUUAAUCCUGCUUGGCCAGCAUCAGGAGGGAUCGCUACUAAGACUCUUUCAAGGCUUCAGGGACAAGCACAUCCACAGGAUAUGCAUACCAGAAACCUAUGUUAGCAACGAAGAAGCCUUGGCCCUGACCUCCAUCACCUGCUUGGUUUCUCUUAAGUGCUGUUUGCGGGAUAAUUCCAUAUACGCUGACUUGCCUCUUACAGGCAACCUAAUAGAUGUCCGCAUUCUAGGUCAUCCCAAGCAAUACGAUUUAUAUGAUCCAAUAUCAAAUGAUGAACAAAAAGAUCUCUUCAAGGUUACCUAUAGAGGUAAUACAGAUUUGAACAAAAUAUCUGAUGGAUACUAUCAAUCGAUGCUCUUGAAAGAUCCAAAGUUAAUGUACAAAGCCAUGGAUCAAGAUUUCGCCCAAGCUGCGCGACUUUGCUGCGAGGGCUGGUACUCUACAAGCUGUCUGCUAGCUCUAAUGCAAAUUCAAUCACAGUCUCAACUGCGGUUAAUCGAGAGGAUAGACCUCUAUAAGAAAGAUCCCAUUUCCGAAGAGGAAAUUUUAACCUUGGCUUCCAUAGCAACGUUAACUGACAUUCGAUGUUCCAUCCUUCAGAUAAAACAAAUGAUUGCGGUGAAACUAAAGCAACUUGAAGGGAUGACUGAGACUGAAAACCGAGUGGAUCGUAUCAGAACUGAAUGCCUAGAGAUUCGUCUAGUGCAUGACCAUGGAUUCUUGACUCUCAUAUUGGACUUUUUUGGCAAAUAUAAUUUUUAUAAUGCAAAAAUCUUUGCUCCCUUUGCCAAGCUAAGAAAUCUAAAAAGACUAGAGAUAAGGGGAAACCAUAUAACUGGCUCAUUUGUGCCAUUUUUUAAGGAAUUUACUUUACUGGAAACACAAAACCUACGGGAAUUGGAAGCUGUAAUCAUCAGUCCAGCAGAACUCAAAGAGCUGGUAAAGAUUCAGAGCUUAAGAAUCCUCAAAAGUGGCUUCUUUUGUUCUAGAAAUUUCGAUCAUGUAGCCGAGCUGAAUCAACUAGAAAGCCUAACACUUAUCGUCCAUCCGCAAGGAUCUCUGACCAGAUUGCUUAAGGAUCUUUCUUCUAGAAAAGUUCAAGUACUUAAAAGUCUCUCCAUUGAAGGGACAAGACUGAGUACCGAAGAGAUUGACGAGCUUGCUGGCAUAAGAUCUUUGGAGAGACUUCGGCUUGGCCUGCCGGAAGCUAAAUAUUGGGAACUCAAAUCAGGAACUAAGACAUCUAACUUAAAAGUUCCUUAUUGUCAAAAGUGUCGUCUGCGUGGAAAUGCAUCUAAUUUUGUAAAGCACAAAACUGAUUUUCAUACUUUGAAUGCAGUACCAGAUGGAGAAGCCUUAGAUGCACAGUAUUCUUUUUUAACGGAAUUAAAUAGUCCCUUAACUCCGAUCAACUUUGAUCUUUUAGCCAAGUUGCCAAAACUAAAUGAACUGCUAAUUUAUCUUGAUUAUAAACCACAAGCUGUAGAAAACCUAUUGACGACCAUAGCCUUACAGUCACCUCAAAAAUUACAAAAACUUGCCUUUACAUCCCAGGACUUCAGAUUGAUAACAGCUUUUAAGAACUUACAAUCUCUAGAAUGCGUUGUUUACCACACCAAAGAUAUUAAUUUUAUAGCUGAUAUCAAAAAUCUCACAGAACUACAGAUACAUAAUCCCCUCAGAAUAUCCCUAUGGGCGGUUCUUAAGGAGCUGAAGGCUUUACCAAAUCUUCAAAGCUUGCUUUUGGAUAAUACAGAUCUAGAUUUUUUAGACAUGGUUGAGGUAACAAAAAUAACUUGGCUAAAACGUAUAAGACUUGGUCUCGCUGAUAAAAUAUUUAUCUUUUUUCUGAUCCAACUGAAAGAUCUUGAAGUCAUGGAAAUCACAUCAACUCAUUUCGCUGCCAAAAAUGAAAGCAACUUUGUUUAUUCGUUUUUGGUAACUUGCAAAAAUAUUAGAUCAAUGUCCCUCUAUAGAUACUAUGACUUCUUCAGCAAGGACUAUGUCAAUGGGAUCCUGAACACUAUUAAACUUUUUAGGGAUCCCGCUGAGCACCCGCCGUUCAAAUUAUGUGGAAUUUGGAGUGAUUUUAACAGUUUGAAACAGUUGGACAUGUAUAAUGAGGACUUCUUGGUAUUGGAGCGGUGCGAUAGCAUUUAUGAAAGUAAUCAAGAAUCCGAAGAAGAUUUGAAAUUUUCGAGAGUUUAUUCUUUGAAUGAUAGCCUAGAAUAA